CUAGAAGCUGGAGGUGGAGAGUCGGAAUGGCUGUUACUACUCGAUCUCAGGGGGAGGAGACAGGCACACGAUGUUUGUGUUUUGUCAAGCACAGAUUGCAAGCUCGGGGUCCAGCGUACUGCAUCUACCCCACCAUGUUUGGGCUCACACGGCGCAUUUUCUGGGGAGGACCAGCCGUCAAAAAGCGUCUAGGAUCCGGAACGCUGCUGUCUGAAGGGGGCGGCGCGGCAGGAGCGCGUUGAGGGGACUGUAUGUGGCGCGAGCUGGACAGGGGGGAGCGGAAGCCUCCCGUGGUGCGGCCGCGCUGGGUAGUGGGCGUCCCGGGGGAGGCGCGCCGUGGGGGUGAACUGUGUGCGGGGCACGCCCGGGAUUACCGGGUGAGGGUGAAUGCGUGGCCGGGGAAUCAUGAGCCGGACCCGCUGGGACCCCGGAAGAGGGGCCGGGCAGGGGACGGUGCGGAGGGCUCUGGGGAGCGACGCCCAAGUACCUGAGGGCUGGUGGGAGGUCUCUGCCGGAAGGCGGCGCUGUGCGCUUGGCGCGCUCGUUCGUGAGGACUGCGCGUGCGCGGGGGAGGCUGUGGGCGGGGCCGGGCGGAGGUUGUGGGCGGGGCCUGAGCGCGGCCGCCGUGGCGCCUGCGCCGCCCGUUGUGCAGUGCGUCCCGCGCCGCGUUCGAGUUCUCGGAGGGGAGGGGGCGUUAGCCCCGCGCAGCCGCCGGCGUCGCCGCCAUGGACCUAGAACUAGGGCCAUGAGUAGCUUGUUUUUGACUGGAAGGAGCCGUGGGGUGGACUGUUUCCCUGAAAGGUAGAAGAAUGUUUGAAGACUGUUCCCAAGGCAAGGUUAUAAAGAGUGAAGGCAGGGCUUGUCUGAUUCCUUCUGUGCCCAUUACUCUGUGGUUAUGUGAUUGCUCUGUGCCCAUUAUCCUGUGGCUAUGUGAUUGCUGCUGUGCCCAUACCCUGUGGCUGUGUGAUUGCUGUUGUGCCCAUUACCCUGUGGCUGUGUGAUUGCUGUUGUGCCCAUUACCCUGUGGCUGUGUGACUGCUGCUGUGUCCAUUACCCUGUGGCUGUGUGAUUGCUGUUGUACCCAUUACCCUGUGGCUGUGUGAUUGCUCUGUGCCCAUUAUCCUGUGGCUGUGUGAUUGCUCUGUGCCCAUUAUCCUGUGGCUGUGUGAUUGCUCUGUGCCCAUUACCCUGUGGCUGUGUGAUUGCUCUGUGCCCAUUACCCUGUGGCUGUGUGAUUGCUGUUGUGCCCAUUACCCUGUGGCUGUGUGAUUGCUGUUGUGCCCAUUACCCUGUGGCUGUGUGAUUGCUGCUGUGCCCAUUACCCUGUGGCUGUGUGAUUGCUGCUGUGCCCAUUACCCUGUGGCUGUGUGAUUGCUCUGUGCCCAUUACCCUGUGGCUGUGUGAUUGCUGCUGUGCCCAUUACCCUGUGGCUGUGUGAUUGCUGUUGUGCCCAUUACCCUGUGGCUGUGUGAUUGCUGUUGUGUCCAUUACCCUGUGGCUGUGUGACUGCUGCUGUACCCAUUACCCUGUGGCUGCGUGAUUGCUCUGUACCCAUUACCCUGUUGCUGCGUGAUUGCUCUGUGCCCAUUAUCCUGUGGCUAUGCCCCCUUCAUCUGUCAUGAGAAGCUCAGCUGUCAUGUCCUGUGGUACAUGCUCAGUGGCCCCUGUAGUUUGUACAGUCCUGCUAUUUCUAAACCCCUCUCCCCACAUCCUCUGCUGGCCCAGCCUUUGCUGGAGGGUCUGGCCUCAGCAGCCCAGGUUUUUCUUUUCACACACUUUUCCUGAAGGAUCUCAUUCACUGUCUUGGUUGAGUGAUCCCCUCUGGGCAGAUACCUCUCAGAAUCACAUUUCCCAGCUGACUUCCCUCCCGAACUUCCACCCGGCAUUUCCGUUGCUGGAGGACAUCUGUACCUUGAUAGCCAAAGCUGAACUCAUCUUUCCUCACACCUGUUCUGAUUCUCCUCCAUUCCCCGUAUGUGACGUCACCUGGUGUCCUCCCAGUUCCCGGGCUGGAGAGCUCGGAAGCCAUUCUGGAUUCCUCAGCCAAGUCCUUCUGACUUCAGCUCUGCAGUGGCUCUUGUAGUCCUCCCUUCUCCCCUUGCACUGAUGUCAUUUAAAACCCUUGUCAUCUCUAACCAUGACAGCCUGCUAACAGCAGGGGCCAUCUGGAAACAUUUUCACUGUCUUACUUGGCUUGUCUGUGUGCAGGACCCUUGAACAUCUGUGAAGAAAUGACUAUUCUGCAUGGAGGCUUCUUGCUGGCUGAGCAGCUGUUCCGCCCUAAGGCACUGGCAGAAUUGACAAAGUCUGACUGGGAACAUGUUGGACGGCCCAUCGUGGAGGCCUUAAGGGAGAUCUCCUCGGCUGCAGCACACUCUCAGCCCUUUGCCUGGAAGAAGAAAGCCCUGAUCAUCAUCUGGGCCAAGGUUCUGCAGCCGCACCCCGUGACCCCGUCCGACACGGAGACACGGUGGCAGGAAGACCUGUUCUUCUCGGUGGGCAACAUGAUCCCCACCAUCAACCACACCGUCCUCUUCGAGCUGCUCAAAUCCCUGGAAGCUUCUGGACUCUUUAUCCAGCUCCUUACGGCCCUGCCUACCACCAUCUGCCAUGCAGAACUAGAGCGCUUUGUGGAACACGUGACCGUUGACACUUCUUCCGAAGACGUGGCCUUCUUCCUGGACGUCUGGUGGGAGAUGAUGAAGCACAAGGGUCACCUGCAGGACCCCCUGCUCUCGCAGUUUAGUGCAAUGGCCCAUAAGUACCUGCCUGCCUUAGAUGAGUUCCCCCAUCCUCCAAAGAGGCUUAGGUCAGACCCAGACGUGUGCUCCACCAUGCCCCUGUUGGCCAUGCUGCUCCGCGGGCUGAUGCAGAUCCAGAGUUGGAUCCUGGGCCCUGGGAGGAAGUGCUGUGCGCUGGCCAACCUGGCUGACAUGCUGACUGUGUUUGCACUGACAGAGGACGACCCCCAGGAGGUGUCUGCAACCGUGUAUCUGGACAAACUGGCCACAGUGAUCUCCGUGUGGAACUCGGACACCCAGAACCCCUACCGCCAGCAGGCGCUGGCAGAGAAGGUGAAGGAGGCAGAGCGGGAUGUCAGCCUGACCUCGCUGGCCAAACUCCCCAGUGAGACCAUUUUCAUGGGCUGCGAGUUCCUGCACCGCCUGCUGCGGGAGUGGGGGGAGGAGUUGCAGGCCGUGCUCCGCAGCAGCCAGGAGACAAGUUACGACAGCUACCGGCUGUGCAACAGUCUGACUUCCUUCAGCCAGAACGCGACGCUCUACCUGAACCGCACCAGCCUGUCCAAGGAGGAGAGGCAGGUGGUCUCUGAGUUGGCAGAGUGUGUCAGGGACUUCCUGAGGAAAACGAGCACAGUGCUGAAGAACAGGGCCUUGGAGGACAUCACAGCUUCCAUUGCCAUGGCCAUCAUCCAGCAGAAGAUGGACCGCCAUAUGGAAGUGUGCUACAUUUUUGCCUCUGAGAAGAAGUGGGCCUUCUCGGAUGAGUGGGUAGCCUGCCUGGGGAGUAACAGGGCCCUCUUCCGAGAGCCUGACUUGGUGUUGAGGCUGCUGGAAACAGUGAUAGACGUCAGCACAGCUGACAGAGCCAUCCCUGAGUCUCAGAUACGGCAGGUGGUCCACCUGAUCCUGGAAUGUUACGCAGACCUCUCCCUGCCAGGUAAAAAUAAAGUCCUUGCAGGUGUCCUGCAUUCCUGGGGGCGAAAGGGCCUCUCUGAAAAGUUGCUGGCUUAUGUGGAGGGUUUUCAGGAAGACCUCAAUACGACCUUUAACCAGCUCACUCAGAGUGCCUCCGAACAGGGCUUGGCGAAAGCUGUGGCUUCCGUGGCCCGCCUGGUCAUAGUGCACCCGGAAGUCACGGUGAAGAAAAUGUGCGGCCUGGCUGUGGUCAAUCUCGGCACCCACAAGUUCCUGGCCCAGAUUCUCACUGCCUUCCCUGCCCUUAGGUUUGUGGAAGAGCAGGGUCCCAAUUCAUCUGCCACUUUCAUGGUGUCAUGCCUCAGAGAAACCGUCUGGAUGAAGUUCUCUACACCCAAGGAAGAAAAGCAAUUUUUAGAGCUCCUGAACUGCCUGAUGAGUCCCGUGAAGCCCCAAGGGAUUCCAGUGGCUGCUCUUCUUGAGCCAGACGAGGUGCUGAAGGAAUUUGUCCUGCCUUUCUUGAGGUUAGAUGUUGAAGAGGUAGACCUCAGUCUGAGGAUCUUCAUCCAGACUCUAGAGGCAAAUGCGUGUCGAGAGGAAUACUGGCUCCAGACCUGCUCCCCGUUUCCGCUCCUCUUCAGCUUGUGCCAGCUCUUGGACGGCUUCAGCAAAUAUUGGCAGCUUCCCAAGGAGAAGCGGUGCCUCUCUUUGGAUAGGAAGGAUCUGGCGAUCCAUAUCCUGGAGCUCCUGUGUGAGAUCGUAUCAGCCAAUGCCGAGACCUUCUCCCCGGACGCCUGGAUCAAGUCCCUGUCCUGGCUCCACCGCAAGUUAGAACAGCUAGACUGGACUGUGGGCCUGAGGCUGAAGAACUUCUUUGAGGGGCACUUCAAGUGUGAAGUGCCAGCCACACUUUUUGAGAUCUGUAAGCUUUCAGAAGACGAGUGGACCUCUCAGGCCCACCCAGGGUAUGGAGCCGGCACGGGGCUCCUGGCCUGGAUGGAGUGCUGCUGCGUCUCCAGCGGCGUCUCGGAGAGGAUGCUGUCUCUCUUGGUGGUGGACGUGGGCAAUCCUGAGGAGGUCAGACUGUUCAGCAAAGGCUUUCUGGUGGCCCUGGUACAAGUCAUGCCUUGGUGCAGCCCUCAGGAGUGGCAGCGCCUUCACCAGCUGACCAGGAGACUGCUGGAGAAGCAGCUCCUCCAUGUCCCGUACAGCCUGGAAUAUAUUCAGUUUGUUCCCCUGCUCAACCUGAAGCCCUUUGCCCAGGAGCUCCAACUCUCCGUCCUCUUCCUGAGGACUUUCCAGUUUCUCUGCAGCCAGAGCUGUCAUAAUUGGCUUCCUCUGGAAGGCUGGAACCACGUGGUCAAACUCCUCUGUGGCAGUCUGACCCGCCUCCUGGACUCAGUCAGGUUGAUACAGUCAGCUGGCCCUUGGGCUCAAGGACCAGAGCAGGACCUGACCCAGGAAGCCCUGUUUGUUUAUACCCAGGUGUUCUGCCAUGCUCUGCACAUCAUGGCCAUGCUCCACUCGGAGGUCUGUGAGCCACUCUAUGUUUUAGCCUUGGAAACCCUCACCUGCUAUGAGGCUCUGAGCAAGACCAACCCUUCUGUCAGCUCCUUGCUCCAGAGGGCACACGAGCAGCGCUUCUUAAAGUCCAUUGCCGAGGGCAUCAGCCCCGAAGAACGGCGCCAAACCCUGUUGCAGAAGAUGAACAGCUUCUGACCUGCGUGGGGAGCUGGGCCCCAACAUAGCGGGUCUGCAGAAGAGCAGCAGCUGCGCAGGAGCAAAAAAGCUGGGCCUCAACGUGACAGGUCUGUAGGGGCCAGACCCGAGCAGCCUGGACUUUACAGUUACGUGAAACUGUCCACAAAAAGUCAUGGCAAUAAUGGUGUAAAGAAAAUAGUUUCUUGGGUAUUUGUAACGUACAAACUAUCAUAAAAAUUCUCCUCUUUUGCAUCUCA